GUUAUAAAUGUGGAGAUGCAAACAGUGUACUGAAGCUGUAUCUACAAGGGACGUCAAGAAAGAAACACAAACUGUGUGCAGUGUACUGGAUUUUAGGUAAUCUACCUCCAGCUCAGCUUGGUGAUAUCAAGAAACAAGAAGUCAAGUCAGGAGCAUUCCAGCUCAGAAGCAAGGAGAGUCAUCAGCUACACAUCAGAACUGCUCAGGAAGAAAAGGUGAACUGCUUUGGUGUAAAGAGAUCCUGUAUUUUAACUGACAGUCUAUCACAUUUUAAUGUCCUUAGUGGUUACCCUCCAGACAUUGUGCAUGAUCUCUUUGAGGGCAUAGUUCCAGUUGAACUGGCACGAUGCAUUGCUGUGCUUCUGUCAAAGAAGUACUUCACUCUUGAUCACAUCAAUAAUGUCAUUCGUUUGUUUCCAUACAAGUGGGGGGAUAAGACUAAUUGUCCUCAUGUGUUACCCCAAACAUUCCAAAGGAAACAUACAAUAGGUGGCAAUGCCCACGAGAAUUGGUGCCUCCUGAGGUUACUUCCUUUGAUGGUUGGUGCACUAGUUCCUGUUGAUGAACCUGUGUGGCAGGUGGUUUUGAAUUUAAAGGACAUUGUGGAACUAGUUGUUGCCCCUGUUCACAGUGCAGAGUCUGUUGGAUAUUUAGAGUGUAAAAUCUCAGAGCACCGAAAGCUGUAUCUGGAAGUUUUUCCUGGUCAAAACCUGUUGCCAAAACAUCAUUUUCUGGAGCACUAUCCAGAGAUGAUUAAAUGUUUUGGUCCCCUUGUUGCCUUAUGGACUAUGCGCUUCGAAGCGAAGCAUAGUUUUUUUAAGCAAAUUGUGAGGCACACAAAGAACUUCCGAAACAUAACUUUGUCAUUGGCCAAAAAACAUCAGUUAAUGGUGAGCUAUCAUAUGCUUACAUCUGAUGCCGAAAAAUCUCCCUUGGAGACACGACAUACUUUCCUCCCCUGGAUCUACCUCUUCUGGUCCAUCCUGCGUUUCACAGCCAUGGCCCCAAACCUUCCAAUACCUCAGUUCAGUUAUGAGGUAGAGGUUCGCUGGACACGAGGGCCAACUGCACUCACCCUGAGCAGUGGCACACCUCUUCAGUCCCUUUCCAAAACACUGAUCCGAAGUCCGAAGCAUCUUGGAUAG